GACCAAUUCCUAAAUUUACUAAUACCUUUACUAAUACCAAUUGGUCCCUUGAUCUGGGCUCCACUCAGCGAGAUCUAUGGUCGCCGACAUAUCUUUACUAUCAGCUUCGCAUUCCUGACUUCUUUUAAUGCCGGCGCUGCGGGCGCGCAGAAUAUUCAGACGUUGAUUAUACUACGCUUCCUGGCUGGAUGCUUUGGCCCGUCACCCUUUGGGAAUGCAGGCGGCACUAUUGCCGACAUGUUCCCCGCCUCUCAGCGCGGCAUCGCAAUGAGCCUUUUCGCUGCUGCCCAAUUUCUCGGUCCGACUAUUGGCCCUGUCAUUGGGGGGUUUCUUACUUCGGGCGCCGGCUGGCGCUGGGUGGAAGGUCUUCUUGCUGCUCUCUCUGGUGUACUCUGGCUAUGCAUAAUCUUAUUACUUCCAGAGACAUACUCUCCUGUUUUUCUUCGUCGAUGUGCACAAAAGCUCUCGCAGAUGACUGAGAUGGUGUAUAGCAGCAAACUUGAUAUCGACCGCGGCCCAACCUCUUUAGGCACUACUCUCAAAACAGCCCUCUCACGACCAUGGACUUUACUGUUUCGAGAACCAAUUGUGCUAUUAUUAUCUAUCUAUAUGUCUAUAAUAUACGGUAGUCUGUAUAUGAUGUUUGCUGCAUUCCCGAUCGUGUUUCAAGAAGUUCGUGGCUGGAACGAAGGCGUGGGCGGCCUAGCAUUUUUGGGUGUUCUUGUAGGAAUGUGCAGAGAAACUACGGAUAGACUCCCACCGGAGGGAGCCCAAAUCCGUCAGCGGUGUACUUUCGCCGCUGAAGCUGACGCGUUUAUGCGCCGCCUCACGAAGGACCAGGCCAAGAUUAGGCGGGAAGAAGUUGAGGAGAAGAGAGUGGAAAGGACUGCUUCUACUGAAGUUGCGGGUGAUGAGCAUGAAUCUAGUGAUAGCGAGAGUGUGCCUACUCUCCAUUCGCAUCGCAUUAUUGGAAGACUUUCCUCUCAUGCAUCUCGCCAUUCGGGGCGAUCGAUACAUCGAGUCGCUACUGCCACGCAGUAUGAAGAGAAUCCGUAUGAUUUGGAUUUGGUCAAUACCCGUCAGUCGGCUCUCAGUAGCCACCGAAAGGAUUAA